AUGCAGCCCAACCAUGAGAAAGCAGUAGGAGUUUUGGAAGCGAGAAGUGAGGAGACUCUGGAAAGACUGGCUUCAGAAGUGGAGACCUUGGUGGAGGAAGCUGAUGGACUGGCACUGUGCUUGACUCUUUUCGAAAACUCCAAAUCUAUGAAGUGGCGAGAGGCAGAGACAAUUCUCCGCAAGGUUCUGUUCCAAGCGACAGAGAAGGGUGGAGAGAGGUGGAAAGUGCAGUAUGUCACGUCGUUGCUGCGAUGUCUUCGCGACGGCAUGCUGGAACUACCGGCGAAGCUGCAGGAGCUUGGUUGUGGCACCAAGUGUGCUGCCAACCUGCAAUCGAAGCUGCGCAAGGAGGUCAGUGUGGCUUGCCGAGAGUUCCUGCAGACCGUAGGGUAUGAGCUGCUGGAUCUGCACGAGUUGGUCGCAUCAGCUCCGAGAUGGAUGCUAUGGGAGCUACUCGACCCUCCCACCUUGGUGAGAUUGCCAGAGGAUUUCGCGUGCCUGGAGAUGGUGUUAAAGGACCCGAAGCAAUGGGGCUUGGGUUUUGGCUCAAGCUUUCCACGAAAGCUUCGCUGGCUGAAGGCGUUGCAGCCGCAUGCUGAGUCCGAAGCACAGGCACAGCAUUGCUAUCAGAGGCUUGUGGACAUCUUCGUGGCUUCCCUUGCAGCUGCUUUUGCCCAAGGCCACAAGCUACGAAGAAAGACGAAGCCUGAGUUGGAGCUGCUUCAAGAGGUGCGGCAGCUUUUGACUGAGGGGGAGCUCCCUGAGGAUCUGAAGGCUACACUUCUCAGGGUGCCUUCGGAGAGCGGUCCUAGAAAAUCCGGCUCUGGCUCUGAAGUCUCGGGAAAAGGAGGGAAUCGCCCGGACUUGUCUUGCUUCCCGGUUCUUCGGAUGCCGGCGAGCGCCUCCUGCACUUGGGUUGACACCGCUGAGUCCUGGGGCGGGCGAGCGCUUCCGAGGCUCUCCAGGGCCGAAGUCGCUGCUAUUGACACCGAGUGGGGCCCGGACCUUGGCAAGGGCCCCGUGCUCGUGCAAAUCGCGGUGGGCGAUGCUUUGGAAACUGCCGAGUGCUUUUUGAUCGAUACUCUCCUGGGACCGCCUGCGCUGGCUCUUUGCCUGCUCCGAUGGUUGCGAACAUCCGGUCUCCUGCUUCUCGGCUGGUCGUUCACGCAAGACAUGAAACGUUUCGCUGAGUUGGAUCAUUGGGUGAGGGCCGCGCUUCCUGCAGACGAGGAGGGUUUGCAACGAGACAUGGUGCCAGAAGCCAUGCAGGUCUAUGACUUGCAGAGUCCACUUCAGAAGCUGAUGAAGGCGACGGAUCAGCCCUCGCUCUCUUUCGCUGCGGCUCAUUUGCUCGGCCAUCGACUGGACAAGGCUGAGCAGUGCAGCGAUUGGAGCUGCAGCGACGAGGUGCUGGGUGAGAUCUUGGCAGGCCAUGUCUUCAUAGCCAGAGCUUGCAACGAGCCUUUGCAUGGAUUGGAGUUCAAGGGCCUGGAUUCCUGCGCUAUGCGCUGCAUGUGUCGCGGAGCUCGCCGGGAGCUCGCGCGCUUCACCUGCCUGCAGCACGGGCCCAGAAUAACUGGGCGGGCCUCCGUGGACAAGGAGGCCCUUUGGGAGUCCAGCGACUGGACUUCGCCCCUGGAUUUCCAGAUCGAGGUUGCCCUCGAUGCCCUGCUAGAGGGCGUCUCGCAGCUGACACUUCCUGGUGUCCUCGAGGGAUCACAGGCACUUGUAUGGAAAGGAGGCUCGCCCGAGGUCAGCGCGGCCGCAAGCGAGUUUCCUGACGCCGAGCUCGUCCUAGAGGAUGCGGGCAGUUCCCCGAGCUCCCGCCGUGCCUGGCAGCGGCGCGCCAGGCGGUUUCUAAGCGCUGGGCUCCGCCCCGGGGAAGCACAAGAAAGCACAGGCUACGCCUUCGUCUUUGCAGACGAUGCGGAGAGCUUUGUGGCUUCAGGCCAGCCGGAAUGGAAGCCCAGGGAGGUGCUUUACAUGGCACGGCUUUGUGCCUUCGACACGGGCCAUCGGCAGUUCUCCAAGUUGGAUUCGGCGGGGCAGUCGGGCGAGAACUGCCCCCCACACAUCUCCAGCUCGGACGAGCUUCUCAUGACGCUGCUGACGAUGAACACAAACACGCUGGCCACAUGA